AGGGUCUUCUGUGAUCAAGUGUUUGACUAAUACUCAUUUGGUAAAAAAUGUCAGUGUUUAUUUGCUCUCUCUUCGUUUUAGUGUUAGCGUCAUAUUCUAUGGCUAUGACAGAAGACCAGAGGAACAUAAUUAAGCAGCAUUUUCACGAAAUGGGCAUUAAGUGUAUCGGUGAUAAUCCUAUAACUGAAGAGGACAUCGCCACACUGAAAGCUAAGCAAGUGCCUACUGGGCCUAACGCGCCUUGUUUCGUAGCUUGCGUGCUCAAAUCCUCCGGUAUUAUGGAUGGCAACGGUAUGCUGCAGAAAGAAACAAUGCUUGAAAUGGCGAAGUCAGUGUUCAACGAUCCUGAGGAAUUGAAGUCGAUCGAGGAUUACCUGCAUUCCUGCUCUCACAUAAACAACGAGGCAGUGAGCGACGGAGAGAAGGGAUGUGAGCGUGCUAUACUCGCGCACAAGUGCAUGGUGGCAAACGCUGCUCAGUUUGGGUUCGACUUGUAAAAACAACAGAAGAAGGAUUGACACGUAACAACCGGUAUGAUCGUCAAAUGGCUCUCUGAACA